AUGAGAGAUAAAACUGCCAAGGAUGCCAUGGUACCAUUGAAUGAUGUAUUCAUGCUAGACAUCAAUGAUAAGAUGGAUCUUUUGACUAUGAAUAAGAUUCUAACUGCCUCUCAUUCGAGAGUUCCGGUCUAUGACGGGGACAAGGAAAACAUCAUUGGAGUUCUUCUAGUCAAGACACUAAUUACUCUGGAUCCUGAUGAUAAAGUGCCAAUACAAAGUUUGAAAAACACAAAGUCAUGGAGAGAUGUGCAUUACAUAGAGGAAACCAAACCACUGUAUGAUUUACUCAAUGAAUACCAACUGGGAAAAGCACAUCUGUCAGUUGUCUUGGCUAAGCUUGAUGAGGAGGAAAUUGCUUCUGCCACUACCAAACAGACUGUUCUUGGUGUCAUAACACUAGAAGAUGUGAUAGAGGAGCUGAUUCAGGAAGAGAUAGUUGAUGAGACUGACGUCUAUGUGGAUAUACACAAGAGGAUACAGGUGGCCAGGGCCAAGGUGGCUAGGAAUCCAUCACUACUUCACAAGCAUCCUAGGUUUGUUGAGAGAAGCAAGUCCCAUCCCCCUUCUAGUGCUGAACACCGUGUGUCAGAAGACUUGAUUGAUGCUGUCAGUGAGAGCCACAGGGAACGGGCAGCCUCCACAGGGAACAUACAAACUCUUCCAGAAAGAGGCACUAGUGUGAGUAAUGUGCAAACCCAGGAUGAAAAGUCAAAUGUAGAUGAGAACAAUACUUCCAGUGACCAAAACCAUACUAAAGACCAGUCAGAUUUACCCUUACUGAAUAAGGAUGUCACUUAGUGACUUGAGGAUUUUUUUUUUCAAGUGGCUUAUUUACACUGAAAGAAACUAAAAAAAAACAAGACAAUGAAAGAAUCUAAAAAACAAGACUUGUGCAUGUUAACAGCAUGCAGUUGUGGAAAAGUCCCUUUUGUGCAGUAUUUCUUCUAGCCUUUUUUUAAGGAGUGGAAGAAAAGACUUACUUUUAUUUUCGAAUUUUAAAAUAGAAUUUUAGCAGCCACAGUCAGAAAGUGGUUGAUUUUCUAAGAUCAUAUUGGCUGUACAGGUAAAUGAGAAAUACACGUUCCUGGUCGACCAUUUUAUCAAUGUUUUAUCAGUGCUACGUUUAUGUUAAACAUGCGUGCACUGGUCUCUUUGUUGUAACAUCAGAUCUGCUCUGAUACCAGUAUUUAAUUGUUUAUGUACAAGCUUUACUUUUAAAACUUUUUAUUUUUAUUCAGCCUGAUUAUUGAAUUUGGAAAUGAUAUUUUACACAUUAUUUAAAUUUUUUUAUUAUUUGGAUUAUAUAUUGUAGUUACCCGUACUUUAUCAGUACUGAG